AGGUGCGGUGGCGGCCGGGCCGUCAAGGCGGCCGCGGCUCAGGGGAUGUUAGAGGCGCGCUGGGCGGCCGCCGAGCAGACGCCCGGGCUUCGAGCUGCGAGCUCCGCUCUCCCGCCAUGGCCCCCGCUCCGCCCCCCGCCGCCUCCUUCUCGCCAGCCGAGGUCCAGCGGCGCCUGGCGGCCGGCGACUGCUGGGUCCGCUGCGGCGCCCGCCUCUACGACCUCACCGGCUUCGUCCGGCACCACCCGGGGGGCGAGCAGCUGCUGCGGGCACGGGCUGGCCAGGACGUUAGCGCCGACCUGGACGGGCCGCCGCACCGGCACUCGGCCAACGCGCGCCGCUGGCUGGAGCAGUACUACGUGGGCGACCUGCUAGGAGACCCUCAGGGUUCCGUGGAGAAUGGGGCUGUAGCCUCUGUGAACACUCAGGAGACAGACCCUGCAAUGGAGCCAAAGCUCAAAGUGGUGGACUGGGACAAGGACCUGGUGGACUGGCGGAAGCCCCUACUGUGGCAGGUAGGCCACUUGGGAGAGAAGUACGAUGAGUGGGUCCACCAGCCGGUGACCAGGCCCAUCCGCCUCUUCCAGUCAGACUUCAUCGAGUCCCUCACCAAGACUGUCUGGUACAGCGUCCCCAUCAUCUGGAUGCCCCUGAUACUGUACCUCAGUUGGUCCUACUACCGAACCCUCGCCCAGGGCAACAUCCGACUCUUCACGUCCUUCACCACAGAGCACUCAGUGGCCAUGCCUGAGUCCGUGUUCCCGGGCCUCUUCGUGCUGGGGAUAUUCCUCUGGAGCCUGGUGGAGUACCUCCUCCACCGCUUCCUGUUCCACAUGAAGCCCCCCAGCAACAGCUAUUACCUCAUCACGCUGCACUUCGUCUUGCACGGCCAGCACCACAAGGCACCCUUCGAUGAGUCCCGCCUGGUCUUCCCCCCUGUACCAGCUUCUCUGGUGAUUGCCACCUUCUACGUGGUCUUACAGCUCCUCCUGCCCGAGGCGGUGGGGGGCACUGUGUUUGCUGGGGGCCUCCUGGGCUAUGUCCUCUACGACAUGACCCAUUACUACUUGCACUUCGGCUCGCCGCGCAAGGGCUCCUACCUGUACAACAUGAAGGCCCAUCACGUCAAGCAUCACUUUGCACAUCAGAAGUCAGGAUUUGGCAUCAGCACUAAACUUUGGGAUUACUUUUUCCACACCCUUAUGCCGGAAGAACCCCACCCGAAGAUGCAGUGACAACUCCCAGCCCUGCUGUAGCCCCUGCCCCACCCCCAGCCCCAUCCAGACCCUGCAAAGAAGAUUUGCUUGGCCAGGCAGGACGGGCUUUGUCCGUCCUUCGGGCUUGCUGGGGGGUGCUGAGAAGACCCUGAAGAUUGAGACUGACCCUGCGACUGCCCUCCUGACCCAGGAGGGUCAGGAAGGUCAGGAAGGUCACGUCCACUUGGUGACCAAAUGGCCCUCAGGGACUAGCUCUUUCCUGGAGCAUCCCGGCUUCUCCACCAGCAUCCCUGCCCAGAGCCUUAGCCCACAGGACUGCUUUAGGACCCGGCUAAUGGGGAAUUUCCCAGGGGAAUGAAGGAAACUGACCCCUAGAGCCAGGCCUGUGUCCCACCUGUGUCUUAGCACCUCGGGCUCUCGAGCUAGCCCCCACAGUGGAGCUGCCAAUGUUCACAGCAAAGAGUGGGGUCUGCGAGGCCGGUGGCCCUCAUCUUCCCCACCUUCCUGGGGAGGAUUUGGUGGCUCUGGCUGUUCUCCUAAUGAAUGGAAAACACUGAGGUGGAUGAAGGGCUCUCACAAGAAGAGACAGCAUGAUACCUCCCACAGGCCACCCCGAGAUCCCAGGGCAGAGCCUUUGUCCCCUGCCAAUCACGAAUGGCAGCUGUACCACCAGGUGCCUCAGGCUAUGACACAUCCUGGACCCACACGCCCGGCCCUCACCUGCCUGUGCCAGUGGGCCCAAGGUAGCUGGCGUCACCUCAACACUGGCAGGAGCCCAGGCCCCUUUCUUUAGGAACCACCAGCUGCUCUAGCCAUGUCUUGCCUGCCUCUAGAAUCACAAAGUCUUUCUCCAAGGGAGGCUAAAGAGGCCUCUCCAUGGGUGGGAGCCCCACCC